GCUGUUCCACUGUAAGCCUAGAAUUUUCUUUCUUGUUUAAUCUAAUUUCAUGAUUGUUCUCAUUUCUUGAUCGGCCUUAGGUUUUCAACCUACGCUCGAUAUUUUUUCUUUUUGUUAUUGUCGUGAUCAAUUUCAAGCUAUUGACGCUUUCCAUCUCGAACUCUUGCUUGAGCAAAUAAGCGAGAAGGGAGAAGUAACUGUAAGCAGAGAAAAUGUCCUUAAGCAAUGGAGUGAAGUCCAGCGCAAAGCUGCUGAGGUCUUCAGAAUCAUUGUUGAUGAAAUCAGCUAAUAGAGGGUUUCACUCAACUGGUGCGAAGAGAAUGGGAGGCCACGCACAUGGCCACGAUGAGCCUUACUAUUUGCAUGCAAAGCACAUGUAUAACUUGGACAGGAUGAAGAAUCAGAAGCUGACCAUGACGCUCGGAGUAUUCACUGCUUUCAGCAUCGGUGUGGCCGUUCCGAUCUAUGCAGUCAUCUUCCAGCAGAAGAAGACGGCCUCUGGUUGAUACGAGAGAAAAAUGUGUGCAUUUUGUUGACUUUUGCAGCACAAUAAGAAGAAGAUGCUCUACUUUAUAACAACAGGAUUCUUCGGUGCAGCUUCCUCUCUGAGUUCGUUUUCUUAACUCUGUAUAAACCUCUGGUUGGUUUCAGAUGCACAGAAAAGUGGAUUCUGUUUUAACAAUAAGUCUUUGCAAUCAACAUCCCAUUAUUUGACUUUUGGAUCCAAUCUAAUGUCUUUUGAAUCCAUUUAGUUUU